AUGAAUGACUUUAAGUGUACGUAUAUAGAUCAUGAAAAGGAAUCGAUACUGGGAUUUUGUCUAAAUCAGAAUUGCAAUAAAAAAACUUAAUUUUGUUUUGAAUGCUUAAAGGCUUAACAUUCAAAUCAUAUUAUCGAUUGUAUUCAAUUCACUUCAAUGAGCAAAUAUAUUCAAGACUCUUUAGAAGUUUACAAAGAAUCAUGCUAGUAAAUCAUAAACAUAAUUGACUAAAUGAACAUUUGCCUUGAGAAAUUUAAAAAAAAAAUAGAUCAGGAAAUUGAAAAUAUAAAGAAUUUGAACUAGUAACUUGUAAAAAAUGAUUACCCAAGUUUAAAUUCAUAAAUUUAAUUUAUAAAAACAAUUUAUUCAAAGGAAAAAGAAAAAGAAAUAUGUAUUCUUUCAAAUAUUUUGAUAGAAUUAUAACUACAAUAAUUGAAUAAAAUUGUUCUUACAAUAGAAACUGUGACAAAAAUUUAAACUUAAGUGAAUGCUUAAAUUAAUACUGGGAGGAAAAUUAAAAUUACAGAAAUUAAUGUUGAAAGUGGAAACGAUAAUCAAUCCUAAAUUACUAGAGGCUUGGUUAGUGGCAAAAGUAUGAUUAUUAUUGAAGAUAAUUAGAUGAGAAAUUAGAUAAAGAUAAAAAUUUUCAAGAUCUUUAGAAUAUGUUGGAUAAUCCAAACAGACAAGGGAUCGAUUUUUAUCUAUGGAAAAGUAAUAUAUAUUAAUUUUUAUAAUCUAAGGUUACGGAUUAAAUAAUUUAGGAAGAUAUUAAGAAUCUAUUGAGUGUUGUUAAAAGGCUAUAAAAUUAAAUUCUCAAAAUGAUAAGAUAUGGAAUAAUUUGGGUAGUAUUUAUUAAAAAGUUUUUAGGUUUCGCACUAAACAGUUUAGGCAGAUAUUAAGAAGCUAUUUAAAAAUUUGAUAAAGCAAUUUAAAUUGAUCCCAAAAAUGACAUGGCAGAGAACAACAAGGGUAUAGUUCUUAAAAGCAUAAUUUAGGUUUCUCAUUAAAUAGUUUAUAACGAUAUAAAGAAGCAAUUGAAUGUUAUGACAGAGCUAUAAAAAUUAGCCCAAAAAACCAUUUCGCCCAUAUGAAUAAGGGUAAAGUAUUCUUUAACAUAGGUUUUGCUCUACAUUAAUUAGAGUAAUUCUAGUAAGCACUUCUUCAUUAUGAUACCGCUCUUUCUAUCUGUGAUGAUCCACAUAUAUUAUACUUAAAAGGUAAAGGAUUAAAUACUUUUUUAGCUAAUUUAGAAGCUAAACUUAGAAGUAGUUUAUCCAGUAAGCCAAAGAAAAACAGAUCAUUUAGCGGGAUAAAGUGA